AUGGCGGCGCUCGCACGUAACUUAAGGAUAAAUCAGUUUUUGAAAGUUUUUCAAUCUUGUAGCGGUCGACUGCUCGUAACCCAGGCUUCAGAAAAAUGCUUUGCAGACAUCAAGUGCUCCCCACUGCGAAAAAGAGGUCUAUUAAAACUGAAAGGAAGAGAUACCAUUAAGUUUUUGCAAGGACUUGUGACCAAUGAUGUAGAGACGUUCCAACUGGAAGCGGAAAGAAAAGCAAUGUAUGCUUUUUUCUUAAAUUCUAGUGGUCGAGCAUUGUACGAUGUCUUCCUCUACAAACAUCGCGGUACCGAGGAAUCGCCGGCAUUUUUCCUCGAGUGUGAUGUGGGUGCAAUUUCAGACCUGAUGAAGCAUUUGAAGAUGUUCAAAUUACGCUCUAAAGUGGAUAUUUCUCGUGCGGAAGAUUGCGAGCCUUGGGUGAUUUUUUCCCCUUCCGGUGCUGUAGAUUUGCAACACCCAUCAGCUCGUUCAGAUAUGCUGGUACUUGAAGAAGACCCCAGGGUAAAACUGCUGGGAUUUCGAAUGGUGCUGCCAAAGGGUUCUAGCCCCUGCGUGUGUUUUGACGAUAUGUAUGAAACUGGAGAUACUUUUGAUUAUGACGUACAUAGAGCCAAGCUUGGAGUUUGUGAAGGGGUGGAUGAAAUACCACCAGGAAAUGCGAUGCCUCUGGAGUAUAACAUAGGAUAUUUAAACGGAGGUAAGGUGCACACCAUGUGUCCAAAGCAUUGCAGUCCCCCCCCACCCCCCACCUUAACAUACUUGCAUCUCCAACUAUCCCUGUAGGGGGUAGUCUGGUUAUCAGGCCUUCCUUAGGGGUUAGGGGAGGAGAUUUGAGCAGGGAGGGGGAAGAGAAAAAGAAACUUUGUUUCCCUUUACUCUCUCUCCUUUUCACAUCUCUCAUCACCCUUUCUCCCAGAAAUGUCUGAUCCUCAGGCCAUGGGUUUUGAUCUGACAGCCCCUUAAAGUCAUUAAAUGACAAAAGGUAAUUAGGGAUAGGGUUACUGGAGGUUGAUGUUUUCCCCAGGAAAAGGUAUUUAGGGGUUUGGAUUUGGGACCUAAGUUGAGCCCCAGGAAUGGGGGAAGGAGUGUAGGCAAACUCAGGGCACCUGGACAUUAAUAGGAAAGCCAAAGUGAAAUUCGUAAAUUGUAGAAGACAGCUUCAUGUAAAAUUAUUGCUUCCAAAGAGGAUGGCUCUUUAUGUCAAUAUUUCCUGGGCAUAAAUUUUAAAUAAAUGUGUAAUAGUUUCGAAAGAAACUCUGGUUUUUCAUUAGCGGAGGAAGAAAGUAAUAAAACACCAAGUGUUUUAAAAACAGGCGUUUGAAUUUUUUUAUAGUGGUAAAAUGUUGACUUUGCAUUGUCAACUCAAUUGAUAAAACCAUGUUUCUGUCCCGCGCAUUCCCUGUCGCCAUCCUGGGGCUUAUUAUAGACAGGUGCAUAAAUGAGUGUAAAAAGUCUUUAGUAGGUAGUCUUUUUGGAAGUAGGAGAAAGGACUAAUAUAGUGUAUGAGGAACCUUGAUCUUAGUUAGGCUGAAGUUUUGUAAUGAGAUUUAGUUGUAUGAUGUUAAUGAGGCUUAUUACCUAUAAUUCUUGCAGUGUCUUUUAACAAGGGAUGCUACUUAGGCCAAGAAUUGAUCGCAAGAACACACCAUACUGGUGUUGUAAGAAAGCGAACAGUACCAUUAAAACUAAUGGAUCCCAAAGCAGAGUCAAGUCAUUUUGAGUCAGGUGCUCGGGUAAGCACAUCUGAAGGGAAGGCUGCUGGCAAGCUUUGCAUGGUUUAUGGACAGUAUGGGACAGGGCUCAUGAGACUGGAGAUGUUAAAGAAAGAAGAGAAAUUUUAUGUUAAGGAUAAAGAGGGCAAGGAUAUAGAGCUUGUGGCAUCAACUCCUCAGUGGUGGCCAUGCAAAAGACAUGAAACAUAA